CAUGGGGGGUUUUCUAUCUAAGGCAGAAGGGCCUAGGAGCCGACUCCAGAAACUUCUGCCCUGCUUUCUUGUCAGAGAACAAGACUGGGACCAGCACCUGGACAAGCUUCAUAUGCUGCAGCAGAAGAGGAUUCUAGAGUCUCCACUGCUUCGAGCAGCCAAGGAAAAUGACCUGUCUGUUCUUAGGCAACUUCUACUGGACCGCACCUGUGACGUUCGACAAAGAGGAGCCCUGGGGGAGACGGCGCUGCACAUAGCAGCCCUCUAUGACAACUUGGAGGCAGCCUUGGUGCUGAUGGAGGCUGCCCCAGAGUUGGUCUUUGAGCCCACCACAUGUGAGGCUUUUGCAGGUCAGACUGCACUGCACAUCGCUGUUGUGAACCAGAACGUGAACCUGGUGCGAGCCCUGCUUGCCCGCAGGGCCAGUGUCUCUGCCAGAGCCACAGGCACUGCCUUCUGCCAUAGUCCCCGCAACCUCAUCUAUUUUGGGGAGCACCCUUUGUCCUUUGCUGCCUGUGUGAACAGCGAAGAGAUCGUGCGGCUGCUCAUUGAGCAUGGAGCCGACAUCUGGGCCCAGGACUCCCUGGGAAACACAGUGUUACACAUCCUCAUCCUCCAGCCCAACAAAACCUUUGCCUGCCAGAUGUACAACCUGCUGCUGUCCUACGAUGGACAUAGGGACCACAUGCAGCCCCUGGACCUCGUGCCCAAUCACCAGGGUCUCACCCCCUUCAAGCUGGCUGCAGUGGAGGGUAACACUGUGAUGUUCCAGCACCUGAUGCAGAAGCGGAGGCACAUCCAGUGGACAUAUGGACCCCUGACCUCCAUUCUCUACGACCUCACAGAGAUCGACUCCUGGGGAGAGGAACUGUCCUUCCUAGAGCUUGUGGUCUCCUCUGAUAAACGAGAGGCUCGCCAAAUUCUGGAACAGACCCCAGUGAAGGAGCUGGUGAGCUUCAAGUGGAACAAAUAUGGCCGGUCGUACUUCUGCAUCCUGGCUGCCUUGUACCUGCUGUACAUGAUCUGCUUCACCACAUGCUGCGUCUACCGCCCCCUUAAGUUUCGUGGUGGCAACCGCACUGAUUCUCGAGACAUCACCAUCCUCCAGCAAAAACUACUACAGGAGGCCUAUGAGACACAUGAAGAUAUCGUCAGGCUGGUGGGGGAGCUGGUGAGCGUUAUUGGGGCUGUGAUCAUCCUGCUCCUAGAGAUCCCAGACAUCUUCAGGGUCGGUGCCUCUCGCUAUUUUGGACAGACAAUUCUUGGGGGACCAUUCCAUGUCAUCAUCAUCACCUAUGCCUCCCUGGUGCUGGUGACCAUGGCGAUGCGGCUCACCAACACCAAUGGGGAGGUGGUGCCCAUGUCCUUUGCCCUGGUGCUGGGCUGGUGCAGUGUCAUGUAUUUUGCUCGAGGAUUCCAGAUGCUAGGUCCUUUCACCAUCAUGAUCCAGAAGAUGAUUUUUGGAGACCUAAUGCGUUUCUGCUGGCUGAUGGCUAUGGUUAUCUUGGGAUUUGCCUCUGCGUUCCAUAUCAUUUUCCAGACAGAGGACCCAACCAGUUUGGGGCAGUUCUAUGACUACCCCAUGGCACUGUUCAGCACCUUCGAGCUUUUUCUCACUGUUAUUGAUGCACCUGCCAACUACAAUGUGGACUUGCCCUUCAUGUUCAGCGUUGUCAACUUCGCCUUCGCCAUCAUUGCCACACUGCUCAUGCUCAACUUGUUCAUCGCCAUGAUGGGUGACACCCACUGGAGGGUGGCCCAGGAGCGGGAUGAGCUCUGGAGGGCCCAGGUCGUGGCCACCACAGUGAUGCUGGAACGGAAGCUGCCUCGCUGCCUGUGGCCUCGCUCCGGGAUCUGUGGGUGCGAGUACGGGCUGGGGGAUCGCUGGUUCCUGCGGGUUGAGAACCACAAUGAUCAGAAUCCUCUGCGAGUGCUUCGCUACGUGGAAGCGUUCAAGAACUCAGACAAGGAGGAUGACCAGCAGCAUCCAUCUGAGAAACAGCCCUCUGGGGCUGAGAGUGGGACUCUAGCCAGAGCCUCCCUGGCUCUUCCAAAUUCCUCCCUAUCCCGGACCACGUCCCAGAGCAGCAGUCACCGAGGCUGGGAGAUCCUUCGUCAAAACACCCUGGGGCACUUGGAUCUUGGAUUGAACCUUAAUGAGGGGGAUGGGGAGGAGGUCUACCAUUUCUGAUUAGCAUCGCUGUCACUCUUGACCUUACUCC